AUGUUCGACAUACUUCUUCACCUUCCACCGUCAUGGUCCAGUACGUGGCGAGCCAGGCCCAAGCCAACUUUGGUUGCGGCUACUGAAGCUGAAGACCGACUCCAUGCGCCUUCAGACUCCGGGUGUCCUUUCCCGUCUUUAACUUCCUUCUACUGUCUUCGUUUCGGUGCCUUCCAUGCCGUUCCUUUCGACCUUGGCGCCCAACGAUCCUUCUACUGCAAUUUCACUUUUGUUCGCUAUUCCUUUCCCUUAAUUUGCCCUCCAAUUUCGUCAUUUCACUUGUCCUGCUCCUCGCCCACUCUUCCCCAGCAGUCCACUCUUUCCCUCACUUGUUCCUUCAAAGUCUUCGCCAGGACAGGCGAACGACACCCUCAGGAUCCUCUCUCAUCGUUGUUUGGGGAGUCAUAUGUGCCUUGA